AUGUCUCUUUCUAAGAAGUUAACUUUGGACAAACUGGAUGUUAAAGGGAAGCGAGUCAUCAUGAGAGUAGACUUCAAUGUUCCCAUGAAGAAGAACCAGAUUACAAACAACCAGAGAAUCAAAGCUUCCAUCCCAAGCAUCAAGUACUGCCUAGAUAAUGGAGCCAGGUCAGUAGUUCUUAUGAGUCAUUUAGGUCGACCUGAUGGUGUUCCCAUGCCUGAUAAAUACUCCUUAGAGCCAGUUGCUGCUGAGCUCAAAUCCUUGCUGAGCAAGGAUGUUCUGUUUCUAAAGGACUGUGUGGGCCCAGAAGUGGAGAAAGCCUGUGCCAACCCGGCUGCUGGUUCAGUCAUCCUACUAGAGAACCUGCGCUUUCAUGUGGAGGAAGAAGGAAAAGGCCAAGAUCCUUCUGGAAAUAAGCUUAUAGCUGAACCAGGUAAAAUAGAAGCCUUUCGAGCAUCACUCUCCAAACUAGGGGAUGUAUAUGUCAAUGAUGCUUUUGGCACUGCUCACCGGGCCCACAGUUCGAUGGUGGGAGUGAAUCUUCCCCAGAAGGCAUCUGGAUUCCUGAUGAAAAAGGAGCUAGAGUACUUUGCCAGAGCCUUAGAAAACCCAGAGAGACCCUUUCUGGCUAUACUUGGUGGAGCCAAAGUGGCAGACAAAAUCCAACUGAUCAAAAAUAUGCUGGACAAGGUCAAUGAGAUGAUAAUAGGUGGUGGAAUGGCUUAUACCUUCCUUAAGGUACUCAACAACAUGGAGAUUGGUGCGUCCCUCUUUGAUGAAGAGGGGGCCAAGAUUGUCAAAGAUAUCAUGGCUAAAGCUAGUAAGAAUGGUGUGAACAUUACCUUUCCUACUGACUUUGUCACUGCUGACAAGUUUGAGGAGAAUGCUAAGGUUGGCCAAGCCACUGUAAAAUCAGGCAUACCUGUUGGCUGGAUGGGUUUGGACUGUGGUCCUGAGACCAACAAGAAGUAUGCUCAAGUUGUGGCCCAUGCUAAGGUAAUUGUGUGGAAUGGACCUGUAGGGGUAUUUGAAUGGGAUGCCUUUGCUAAUGGAACAAAAGCCCUCAUGGAUGAAAUUGUGAAGGCCACUUCCAGGGGCUGUAUCACCAUUAUAGGAGGUGGAGACACUGCUACUUGCUGUGCCAAAUGGAACACUGAAGAUAAAAUGAGCCACGUGAGCACUGGAGGAGGUGCUAGUCUGGAACUUCUGGAAGGUAAAGUCCUUCCUGGCGUGGAAGCCCUCAGCAACCUAUAG